UGUAAACAAACCUGACAGCUAUUGAGUUAGCUGUUAAGUAUAUAUGCAUGGAUCUCGAAAUAGCUGAAUAAAAAGACGAUAUUCUUUCUUUUUAAAUAAUAAAGCUAACCGGUUUCAAUGUAGCGGUCAUUUUGCGGCUGUUGCCUGGAUCUAUUCCUCUUCGGUACCGUUACCUGUCUUCCGUUUUUGCGCAGAGGGGAGAAAAAACAAAACAACUAACGUUUUUGUACAAGAACGUUAGACCAGUCGCCGUUGCCGCAUCGACAGUAAACGUUAAUCGUCUACUAUUUACCCGAUCCACACUGGUUUAACACCACCGGCGUGAACAGCGAGAAGGGUUUAUCUUUAUUAGCUAAACAACAAUGUCCACAUCCAACGCCAGCUUUAAGAACAAAUGCGUGGCCCAGGUGAACUGCAUCUUCUGUGACAGUCUGUUGUGCACCAGGGGGAUGAAGGCUGUGCUUCUUGCAGACACCGAAGUUGAGCUCUUUUCCACGGAUAUACCUCCAAACAGAACUGUUGACUUUGUGGCCAGCUGCUACUCGACUGAGAGCUGCAAAUGCAAACUGAGAGACAUUGCAUGUCUCAAAUGUGGCAAUGUUGUGGGUUAUCAUGUGGUUGCCCCCUGCAAACCCUGCUUGCUGUCAUGUAACAAUGGCCAUUUCUGGAUGUUCAACAGCGACGCUGUGUCCACUCUCAACAGACUUGAUGCUACGGGUCUGAAUCUGCUCCUUUGGGGAGAUCUUCCAGAGUUGGAUGACAGUGAAAACGAAGAAUCGGAAAGCCCGUCUGAGGAGGAGUGCAUUAGGUAGAGUGCAACACGGACAAUGUAAGAGGAACCUAGUGGACGACAUUCAUUAACGGGGGCGGCGGAGCUGAAGGAGUGUACAGACUAUGCUGGGAGGAGACCAAAAAGAGAAGCAUUAAAGGGUAACUGAACACUGAAUCGCAUAAGGCUGAUAAGCUCUGCUGUAAUCCUCUGUGUGGGCUGUGACUGCAGCUUCUAAUCAUUCGUCAAACUGAUGCUGCAGCAGGUGUUGAUAGCGGAGAACACCUGCUGUGACAUCAUUGGGGCGUGGCAGUGAAGCAGAGGUGCACAAAAGUUUUUGUUGAGUUACCCUUUAAGCUGUGGCCAUGUCUUUCUCUUCUUUAAUUUACAAUGUUAAAGCACAGAUUAAACAAACAAAUAAAUAAUGAUAAUUCCUUUAGGGUAUUAUAAAAUAUGUAGCCGAGGAGAUUGGAGGACAUUCUUGCCUCUUACUUACGUUUUAUUUAACUAUGAGUAAAGCAGAAGAAGCGAUACAAGAUGGUGUUGAGUUUAGUUCAGACUCUGUGAAAGGAUGGCCACAGCUCACCCAGUUGUGUUCUGUACAGAUAACAUGCUGUGAUUGAGAGCCGUGUCUUAAAGGCCUAUAUGUGUUCUCGCUGUGUGGCUUGGUGCUGAAUGAAACCUCGAGUGCUUUUUGAAUCUCGCAUAUUAGAGAAAUGGCACAAAUAUUAAAUGAUGUACACGUU